AUGGUUGAUUUGGAAUCAAAGAAAUCAGGUUGUGCAUGGGGUUCAAGUAUUGGUGCAGUUAUUCGGAAUGAAAAAGGUGAGGUUAUGGCAGCCAUGGCAGCUAAGGGUCCUGAGAUAUCUUCUAGUGAGGAGGCUGAGUUUCUUGCAUGUCGGAAAGCUAUUGAAUUUGCCGUUGAUGCUGGCUUUUCUGAACUUGUCAUUGAAGGGGAUAAUUCUUCUGUCAUGAAAGUUGUUUCGGCUUCGCAAGAUGAUUUUUCUUUGCUUGGGAAUGUUGUUGGGGAUAUUCAUCAUUUGGUUAGGAACUUGCAAUGGGUUAGGAUUGAAUGUACUAGGUGUGGGGGGAAUAGAGUUGCUCAUGAGUUAGCUCAAUUUGCUAGAAAAUUUGUCAAGAUUUGUAUUGGAUGGAAGAUGUUCCUCCAAUAG